AAUGCCGACACGUUAGCCGGCGUUUUAUAAAAUUUCGCUUUCAACAACGUAGGCAUUCAAAACUACCUUUUCCUUUUUUUUCCCAAAGCAAGGGAACACAAAAGAAUCCCGAGAGAAUCAGAAUCGUUAGAGGAAUCUCCCAAUCUUCUUCCUGGUAGGUUUCUCUAACGAUCUCUACGCAUAAUUCGUCCUCAAUCUUUACUAAUCUCUCGUGGGUUCAAAUAAUUGAAGAUUCGGUUCAAUUUGAUCCUUGAUGCUUCUGGGCAUUUCUGUAACGUGAUCAAUCAAUAAUCAUCGACCCUUCUGCUUUAUUUGAUUAAAGCCAUUGAAAUUCUCAUCUGGGUAUUGCUUAAUUCUGUAAUUUCCAGCUUUUUUUUUAUUUCUUCGGUUGAAUAAUGGGAGAAUCGAAAAAUUGAAAUCGGAUUUGAUUAGCCUGAAGUGUGUAUAUCUGUUGAUGAAUCUUAUUGUAAUUGAAGAGAAGAAAAGGCUUGUGAAAUUGCCCAAUUUAGUUCUGGGUAUUAUUCUCAGGCCAUUGGAUUUGAAUUUAGUCAUUUUACCGUUUAAAAAAACGGCAUUUUCUUUUUGUAUCUCUAGAGAUAGAUGGGAUAAGGAGUUUUUUAAGCUCCAGGGUGGAUAAAUUUUAGAUUUGUCGACUUCGCGCUGUUCUUGGUGAUACAAUAAUUUGGAUUUUAGCUGGAAUUUUAUGAAGAUGGAUUCUUCACAAGGGUCUGCGUUAUCGGCUAAUAUGACAGGCUUAGUCGAUGGUUCUCCCACUUGUAGAGAGGUUUCUUAUAUUGAUAGUAUGCCUGUUUAUGUUAAGGAGCUCAUUUCUGGUGGAGCUGCUGGGGCAAUUGCCAAGACCGCUGUUGCACCCCUCGAGAGAACUAAAAUUCUCUUGCAGACAAGAACCGAGGGGUUUCAGUCUCUUGGGGUGUUUCAAUCCUUGAAGAAACUGUUUAAGCAUGAGGGAAUUCUUGGCUUUUAUAAGGGUAAUGGAGCUAGUGUUAUUCGCAUUGUUCCUUAUGCGGCUUUGCAUUUCAUGACAUAUGAGCAAUAUCGUGGUUGGAUUUUGGAUAACUGUCCUGCUCUAGGUUCAGGACCCGUUGUAGAUUUACUAGCUGGUUCAGUGGCUGGAGGAACAGCAGUUCUGUGCACAUAUCCCUUGGAUUUGGCUCGUACUAAGCUUGCAUAUCAGGUUUCGAAUACAAGUGGAAAAUUCAGAUGUGGUGUGAAAAAUAUAUGCGCUCAACCUGCUUAUGGUGGCCUGAAAGAUGUACUUACAAGUGUCUACAGAGAAGGGGGAAUGCGUGGACUGUAUCGAGGAGUGGGCCCUACGCUCACUGGAAUCCUUCCUUAUGCUGGUUUGAAGUUCUAUGUUUACGAGGAACUUAAGAGGCAUGUUCCUGAAGAGAAACAAAACUCAAUUGUGAUGCGUCUUUCAUGUGGAGCACUUGCUGGAUUACUUGGACAGACCUUCACAUAUCCAUUAGAUGUCGUUAGGAGACAAAUGCAGGUUGAGAAUCUUCAACCUUCAGUUCAAGGUCACAGCAGAUACAGGAACACGUGGGAUGGACUAUCUACUAUAGUCCGCAAUCAAGGAUGGAGACAAUUAUUUGCAGGCCUCAGCAUUAACUACAUUAAGAUUGUCCCAUCUGUAGCGAUUGGCUUCACUGCAUAUGACACGAUGAAGAUCUGGCUUCGAAUUCCACCACGACAGAAACCCCAAGCAAUAUCAGCAUGAUUAAUCUCUGACCAGUUAAGCUAAUUAGAUGGACUUUGUACUUGUCGGUAACUAAUACCUUAUAGUUUUGCAACUUCAAAUUAGAUCACCAUUUGUGUUUUCUGUAAAAAAUAGUGGCUUUAGUUUAAUGAAAAAACUGUUUGAUCUA